AUGGAACGAGAACAAUCACGGUCUAUGUCAACAACUGCAAUCGAUCUUGAAUCAGUUCUUCAAGUGCGUCGACGACGUUUAUCAGUUACAGCACCUCAAGCUUCUCAAGAUGCAUAUCGUUAUACAGAUGUUAUUAUUUUAAAAGUUGAAAAAUCGAAUGAUAUAUUAAAAGAAGAUGGUCGUUGUAUUUUUCAUGGUGAUUAUCAUGUUUUAACGGAUAUAUUUCAAAAAUAUACAUCACAUAUUAAAAUUCAUCAUGAAGACCCUGAAAUGGUUAAAAAUCAUGAUCGUUUAUCAGGAAAACUCUAUACAACAGUUGAGCUACCAACAAUGUCAUUUAUUGAAGUAUUGGAAAUUUUGCAUAAACACUAUUUUUCAAUUGUUGCUAAUGCAACUAAUUUUGGAGCAACAACAAAAUUACAAGAAUUUAUUUUAUUACGUAAUAAAGAUUCAUUUGAUGCAGGCCGUCCCUUACCAACAAUUGAUACAAAAGCCCAUUAA